AAUAGCUUGUUGGCGGCCACUAAAAUGGCAGAUAGAUUAACCAGGGUGAUCAAUUUGGCUUCGAAGGUCUCUGCCUUCGUUAUUCAGGAAACUUCACCAAGAUUGAUUAAGUUUCGAGAAUAUGCAAGGGUGGAACUAAGGCCACCAACACAAGCGGAUCUCAAGCCAGCAGUCGAACAAGCAACAAAACUGAUUUGUGCAUUCAAAAGUGGUGCUUGGAAAAAUGUUUCCGUUAAGGGACUUUUACAUUUUGUUGCCGUUGUACGUAAAAAUACAUUCAAGUCUUUGGUGCGCAAUGACUUGGAAAUAUACUAUAUUCAAAUGGAACCGACUACUGGAGAAUUUUUUGUUGCCUAUCAGUAUAAACGGUUGAGUUACGUGUUGCGAGUCAGUUUGGUUUGGUGACCAUCAUGCACACUGAAAAUUUCUGGUCCUCAGAAUGUAAAACUACGGUACCAAAUCGUGGAGUUUCUAAAUAGUAAGUACUCGAAGCUAGUGGAAUUCUGGCGAUGUGAAUCAAUGGUUGCUUUCUGAUUUCCGCCGACUUUCCUUUUUACCACAUAUGAGGUAUAACAGCUUGGCAGUGUGACAAAAAUUACAUGUAUCAUCCGAGUUAACUUACUGAAUAAAUGAUAAAAUCAG